AUGCACUGGUGUCUGGAUUCCGCGAUGAAGGGUCAACCGGUCUGGACAACGUCUCCCCCCGGAGAGCCGCUAGUUCGAGCUCCGGCGGGCAAGCCGCGAUGUCCACCAGCCAUAUCUCGACUUCGCGUGGAGAAGGUCGAGGGUGGCCUGGCCGUGGCCGGCGUGGUGGUCGCCGCCAACUGCCAGAUCAUCCUCCCUAUAUUCGGGUUCCUGUUCAUGCUGGUUGGAUGCGUGCUUACUGCGGCGUCGUAUCGCGGUUGCGGUGAGAACGAGGAGCCCGACCACUAUGCCGCACGGAUCGCGUUCACGGGCAACUCGCGUGUCCUUGGUCCUGUUUGUAUCGUCGCUGGUGCCCUUAUGACUAUCGCUGGUAUCGUGUUAUGUAUGUUAAUGCGCGCUGCACAACGCCGCCAACGCAGACUGGCUUUCCACUGCCCCAUUCAUGGCGACUUUUACCCGCUUAGUCCGCAGAACAGCAGAAAAUACUCACGUAGCCCAACAGGGCUGUAUCGUUUUCUGCGAGGCUGGCUGGGCAUGGCAGAGGAGGGAGAGACACCGAGAUGCCCACGGUCAGCAGAGCCCGCCUCGCCGGCGCGAGCCGACGCGCCGUGCCCGCCACCCUUACCUUUCUUAGUACCUAGCGAUUCAGUUGUAGGCAUGGCGUCAGUACUCGGAGCGCCUUUAAGUCCUGAACAGACUUUCGGGUCUAUAAAAUCGCUGGCGAUAUCUCGAGAGGUCGCUAGCUUCCCGCUAUCUAGGUCACCUACACCGCCUCCGUUAAGUUAUCCAUCGUUUAAAGACGAGUCAAAGAUCAUCGAGAAUAUUCCGAACGCCGUUCCACACUCAGACUUUGACUGUGGGACAGUAAACUACCGAGUAGUAGAAUGUAAGCUCACGACUACAGAUGAAAUAAAAACACACAGUGCUCCACGUCAUAGUGUACAUACAGAUAAUAAAUAUAGAGACAACAAAUACUCAGACAAUACGCAGAAACAGAGACCUGCCACAGUGUGCAUCGUUAUACCGGACGGCAAAGGA